AUGGCGACCUGCCCAGUCAUCGGAACCGCCAACAGCGUCCUCCCGCCCAACCACCCGGAGGUCGACCUCAACGUCGACGGCCAGACGUGCCCCGUCGUAGGCGCGACCACAGACCACCACCACAACCUCGACAAGCACCCGAAUAUCCCGCAACGCUCAAACGAAGCCACAUCGUGCCCCGCGCUCAAGAAGGCCGUCAACGAGCCCCAGGCGCAGGAGCUCGAUGACGGCCUCUGCCCCGUCGUCGGCACCGCGACCACGGUCCUGCCGCCUGAUCACCCGGACAUGCUGAAGGCCGGCCCUGAGGAUGUCUGCCCCGUCACCAAGGCGACCGUCGGACACCAUAAGAGCAAGGUCGUCACGCACCCCAGCGUCGAGGGAGCGGCGAAGGAUGCCGUGUGCCCCGUGACGGGCAAGGCGCACUAG